GUGAUGGAAGAGCUCACCGCUUUCGUGUCUAAGUCUUUCGAUCAGAAAGUGAAGGAGAAGAAGGAAGUGAUAACCUACAGGGAGGUGUUGGAGACCGGGUCGACGCGAGCAGGGAGCAGGGAGUCUUUAUCUGCGGAGCCGGGGAGCCGAGAGGAGCCGGCCGCCGUUAACCGGAACGUUGCGCUCUCGCCGGGCAGGGAAACUGACAUGCUCGGCCCGGAAAGAAUCAGGGACGCCGGGAGCCCCAAACUCAUUGACGGCACCACGGAUGUAAAAGAGAGAAAAGAGGACUCGAAGCCCAUUGAAGACGAGACACAGACUAAAAUCAAACAGAGGAGAAGUCGGACUAACUUCACAUUAGAGCAGCUCAAUGAGCUGGAGCGGCUCUUCGACGAAACCCACUACCCGGACGCCUUCAUGCGGGAGGAGCUUAGCCAGCGACUGGGACUGUCGGAGGCCCGAGUACAGGUUUGGUUCCAGAACAGAAGAGCCAAAUGCAGAAAGCAGGAGAACCAAUUACAUAAAGGAGUCCUGAUUGGAGCAGCGAAUCAGUUUGAAGCUUGUCGUGUAGCGCCAUAUGUCAACGUGGGGGCUUUACGGAUGCCAUUCCAACAGGAUAGUCAUUGCAACGUGCCGCCCUUCUCCUUUCAGGUGCAGGCGCAGCUACAGCUGGACAGCGCCGUGGCGCACGCGCAACACCACCUGCACUCUCACCUGGCGGCGCACGCGCCCUACAUGAUGUUCCCCGCACCGCCGUUCGGCCUCCCCCUGGCGACGCUCGCGGCAGAGUCAGCCUCCGCCGCCUCCGUCGUGGCCGCCGCCGCUGCCGCCAAGAACACCAGCAAAAACUCCAGCAUCGCCGACCUAAGACUGAAGGCCAAAAAGCACACGGCCGCGUUGGGACUGUGACC